AAAUUUCACUAGGAAGUACAUAUAAUUAAUUUUGCAAAUUGAUCAUCAAAAAUAUUCCAAACAUAGGAGUAAACUUUAUAUUAAACCUUUUUUGAUGAACAACAACGGAUAGUUCACCUUAUUGGAUGCUCACUGUAGUUGCCAGCUGAUUGGCCUACUUAAGAUAUUGGCGCCAACAGCUGAUUUCAACCGGCGUUUAUUUACACUUUCAAUUAGCUAGCUAGUCGUCGCAUGGCUCGGCUGUUUGGUCAAUAAUCCCCCGGAAUACUUCCAAUUCCGGAGGUGUUGAGACACCUUUCGUGUUUGGGGGACCAUUAUAUCACGCAAUCCCAUCAAGGACAUGCCAUCGCAUCGCGAUGACAAACUUUCUGGAUCAGUUGCCCAAGCAUAUCAGGGAAAUCGCGGAGCAGGUUAAUGUUCUGGCACCGGAGGAGGUGCUGACGACCCCCAAGGUGCGAUUCCUGGACACCCGCCACCAAUCGCUGCACACAAUCGUGCGAAAAUGCACUCCGGAUGAUGUAAGGGUGCUCAAGGAUGCGGCGGCCAAGUGGCUGGCAGAGAUGCCCCAGUCAGCGGAUUCCCUCUUCAAGCCGCUUGUCAAUGUUAGAUGGUCCCGGGUGUCGUUCGGAUGUUCCGCUUUAGAUCGCUGCACGGGCGGUGGAGUGGUCACUCGUGGAAUCACCGAACUCUGUGGAGCAGCCGGCGUGGGCAAGACGCAGUUGCUCCUUCAGCUAUGCUUAUGUGUCCAGCUACCCCGUGAGUUGGGUGGCUUGGGCAAAGGCGUGGCCUACAUAUGCACGGAGAGUUCCUUUCCGGCGAGAAGACUGCUGCAGAUGAGCAAAGCCUGCGAGAAGAGGCAUCCGCAAAUGGAGCUCAAUUUUCUGGGAAGCAUCUUUGUGGAAAAUCACAUUGAGGCGGAACCUCUCCUGGCGUGCGUUAUAAACCGCAUCCCGCGACUGAUGCAACAACAUGGCAUUGGCCUGAUCAUCAUUGAUUCUGUGGCCGCGAUAUUCCGGCUGUAUAAUGAUUAUCUGGAACGAGCACGACAUAUGCGUCGACUGGCAGACGCUCUGCUCAGCUACGCGGAUAAGUACAACUGUGCCGUGGUCUGUGUGAACCAGGUGGCCACUAGGGACGGUCAAGAUGAGAUUCCCUGCUUGGGAUUGCAGUGGGCGCACCUAGGACGCACUAGAUUGCGUGUUUCCCGGGUGCCCAAGCAGCAUCGCAUGGGUGAUCAACUGAUAACGGUGCGCAAACUGGAGAUACUUUACUCACCAGAGACCCCCAAUGAUUUUGCCGAGUUCCUUAUCACUGCAGAUGGUGUGGUGAAUGUUCCGGAGCCAUCUGUUCCCAGCCCACCUGCCAAAAUGCGUCGACUGUGAUUGAUUGAAUUUAUUCUGUUUAUUUUGUUAUCGUUUAAUUUGUUGAAUUUAAAAUGUGUAACGGCGGAGCGUUCAAUCAGCCAUACAAUUGUCUUAUACUCCUGUUAAAUUCAGCGGAAUAGUUUAGGGUUUAAUAAUUUGAAUUAACUUAUUUGCCAUUCAGGUUUAAGUAGCAUUAAAAUAUAUAAAAACAAAUUUAGGAAAUUUAUUUAUUUUAACGAACAAAAGGUUUUCUGAUGAACUGAAUGACGAUAACGCAAUAUUGUUUCAACUUUUCUUAAAUAAAUGUAAAGUUCCGAUAAAUUUAACCAGAGCUUAAGCCAUUUUUCGGGCUUAAUCUUCUUAUUUGUUGCCUUAAUUCCUUUUUUGUACAAACACUCAAUAAAUAUGUUUCAUUCAAUUGCAAUUUACAGGGUAGCAGAGCUUACAGGCCUACAUACAGUAUAGUUCAUAGUUCAAGUAGUAAAAUCAAUUUUGUAAUCGCCUCGUAUACAUUAUCACAUGAAAUUCUCAAAAGUUCAGAUUACAAUUUGCCAUAGUUUACGCGGACAUUUAAAUGCGACAUUUACAAAAGCCUAGCCUUAGCGUUUAAGUAUAUUAAAUAAAUAAAAUACAAGCCUAAAAUUGAACAGAUUACGCGACAAUUAAAUUACAAUUAAGUAAUACAA